GUCCAUCACACUCUCUGCAUUCAACAGCUCGCAUACACCACCACCACACUGACCACUGCGCACCGGCCCAGAAGCAGCGCACGUUCCGCAUCAGCCAGCCAGCAUCGACCGCGCGACGACAGUCGAGCAGGCUAAGCAUCGUCAACAACACACUUCCACCUCCUUCCCCCCUCUCCUCCCCUCGGCGCCAUGUCCACACCACCCCGCACGCCACCCCACGAGACGCUCGCGACUGAGGCGCGGCCCGUCACCUCGGCCACGAUCACGGUGCGCGUCAUCAAGAGCUUUCCGUUCCGCACGACCAAGAACCUCGUCCUCAAGGAGCUCGACUUGAGCGUCACGACCGUCGGGCAUCUGGCUGAUCUGUGCCGCGAGGCGAUCAAGACACAGCCUGGGUUCAAGUACUACCGCAGUGUGCAGCUCGACACGCUGAAGAAGUACACCGUCGCCCACGGCCACAAGUCCCAGAACCUCAUCAUCAACCUCGACCACGACGACUGGAUCUUGAGCGACCCUCAUCAGACACUCGCGAACGCCGGUUUCGAGAACGAGACCGAGGUGUCCUUCUUCAACCGGGCCGACUACGAGGCGUUCAAGAACCACCCCGAGACCAAGUGGGAUUGAUCAGGCGCGCCGUGCGGCAUUGUCUUUGGGUUUAUCGUUAUCACCAUCUCAUCUAUACCAUGCAUUUCAAUCAGGCAGCGAGGCAGGAGGUCCGA